UUCUCAGUUGUGCCAUCACCAAAAGUGUCUGACACAGUCGUUGAACCAUACAACGCCACCCUUUCAGUCCAUUAAUUGGUCGAGAAUGCUGAUGAAUGCAUGGUCAUUGAUAACGAAGCCUUAUAUGAUAUUUGUUUCAGAACAUUGAAAUUGACAACCCCAACCUAUGGUGAUUUGAAUCACUUGGUCUCAGCUGCUAUGUCAGGAGUUACAUGCUGUCUUAGAUUCCCAGGUCAAUUGAACUCUGACUUGAGAAAAUUGGCUGUUAACUUGAUUCCAUUCCCAAGACUCCAUUUCUUCAUGAUUGGUUUUGCCCCACUCACAUCAAGAGGAUCAUAAUAAUACAGAGCUCUUACAGUCCCAGAAUUGACAUAAUAAAUGUUCGAUGCCAAGAACAUGAUGUGUGCUGCUGAUCCAAGACACGGAAGAUAUUUAACAGCAUCUGCUCUCUUCAGAGGAAGAAUGUCAACCAAAGAAGUCGACGAAUAAAUGCUUAAUGUUUAAAAUAAGAACUCAUCUUAUUUCGUUGAAUGGAUUCCCAACAACAUUAAAUCAUCCAUCUGUGAUAUCCCACCAAAGGGUUUGAAGAUGGCUGUUACCUUUGUUGGUAACUCAACUGCUAUCUAAGAAAUGUUCAAGAGAGUUGCUGAAUAAUUCACAGCCAUGUUUAGAAGAAAGGCCUUCUUACAUUGGUACACUGGUGAAGGUAUCUACUUAAUUUUAAUCUAUUCUAGGUAUGGACGAAAUGGAAUUCACUGAAGCUGAAUCUAACAUGAACGACUUAGUCUCUGAAUAUCAAUAAUAUCAAGAUGCCACUGCUGAAGAAGAAGGAGAAUUUGAAGAAGAAGGAGAAUAAUGAU